AAAAAAAAAAAUAUUAUUAUGAAAAAUGUAGAGAGAAAAACGGACCUAGUGUAUCUCCUUGUUUAUGCAUAAAAAGAUUUUUUGGGUAGCCGUUACUAAACAGAAAAACCCUUUUGAGUCUCUCCUGCUUCUACUCAGGCCACAGCGAUUUCAAGUCUUCCUCUCAUAGAUUAGGAUUUUUUGCGAUUGAAAUUUCUUCUUAGUUUGAGUUAUAGUUUAAAAUAGAUAUGUAGUUAGUUUCUUCGAUAUAUUCUCGUUAAGAUGUGGCUGUUAACUAGGGUUUAAUUAGGGUUUUAUCAAUUUCUUGAGGAAUUAUGACAGAACCUUUUGAUUUGAAUCGAUCCGAGUCCGAAUCUGAUAACAACAACAACGUUAUUCCUACUUUUGCAAUUGAUAACUCUUCUCAAGGAAGAGUGAGUGGUCCGACCCGAAGAUCAACUAAAGGAGGAUGGACAUCCGAAGAGGACAAAAUUUUGACGAAAGCUGUGCAAAUGUACGAGGAGAAGAACUGGAAAAAAAUUGCUGAAUGUCUUCCCAAGCGGAAAGAGAAGAGGAGGAAUGAUGUUCAAUGUCAGCACCGUUGGCUAAAAGUUCUUCAUCCAGACCUCAACAAAGGAGCUUGGAGAAAAUAUGAAGAUGAUCUCUUAAGUGAAUUGGUUAAGGAAUAUAUGGAGAAAGAUAAGCCUCAAUGGUCGAAAAUUGCAAAACAACUCCCUGGUCGCAUCGGCAAGCAAUGUCGUGAAAGGUGGCAUAAUCAUUUAAAUCCGACUAUUAGAAAAACUCCAUGGACUAGAGAAGAGGAAUUAAUUCUCGUUCAAGCGCAAAGAGAACAUGGCAAUAAGUGGGCAGAGAUUGCCAAGCUCUUGUCUGGAAGGACAGAGAAUAAUAUUAAGAACCACUGGAACUGCUCAGUUAAGAAGAGAUUGAAGCAGUUUCCUAGUAACCUCUUCUCUGGUGUCAUCAAUAGUUGUAGACAUGAAUACAACUUUUUCAAUCAAAGCAACACGAUGGCCGAGAGUUGCAUAACAUUUCAAAUCAAGGAAGCUGAAAAGAGUCCUCAAAGAGAUUCCUUGGAGUUAACUUUAGGACUUAUGAAUUGGAGGAACACGCCUUCAUCCACAAGCUCUCUUAGAGGAGAAGAAUCAGUCUCAUCAUCAGUAGAAUCAGAUUGGUCAAGACUCAAUGAGAGUGUAGAAACUCCACAGAGCAGCAACAACGAUAAUGUGUGCGUAAAGGAAGUGAAGGAGAUGCAAGAGAGACUGAGGAUGGCUGCGAGUACUUUCAACACACCCUCCAUUAUCUCCAAAAGAAGCUCACCAGCUUCAGGUUUGAAACGGCUCAGACAAAAAGACGACACGCCGUUUCAAAUAGAUGCUCGAAGUCACAUGUCAAGCGAGGAAAAGCAGUCAAUUUCAUCCAAAUACAGACGCAACACUUGCUCUGGCUCAAAACCCUUGGAGAGGCGUUUAGAUUUUGACUUUCUAUUGUGGGACGAACAAGGCCGAAGAAACGGGAUUGUCAAUUUCUCCGUUAGGAUUCUGCCAAACAAAUCUGACACUACUAAAUCCGGUCUUGUGCCUCCGUUUUGGUUACGUUUUAGUUAGGUUACGACUCGACAUUUUAGCAAACAUAUCCUGACUGAUUUGGUUUAUUAUGGUUUUUAUCUAAUUUGUUAUUAUAGUGUAUACAUUUGCAAAUUCGGUCUAGUGAA